CUCCCACCACUCUCUCGCUAUAUUCUGACAGAAGUCUAGGUAUAAUGUCUCCUCCGGGAUCGCCCAGAUUGAUAGACUCGUACACAGUGCCGAAGGAUGUGCUCAGAGAAUUUGAGGAGCUUGCUGAGGAGGAAAAUGUCGACCCAUUUGCCGAAACCGCGUCUAAGCGACAAAUAGCUUCUCGCCAAUCUGACUACCACAACCGUCGGUUUGACCGUGUAGCCCUUGAGAGCGCAGAUGCCUUCAAGCAAGGAGAAGAUGGUAAAGAGGUUGAAGGGGGCUACAAGGAUGCCAUGCGAUUGGCUAGACUGGAACAGGAAGAGGUCCGGGUGAAAAAGGCGAUUGAGGAGAAGGAAAGGCAGGAUCGAGAGGAAGGAAAGAUGAAGAUGGACCUUGACAAGACACCACCCGCCUCUGAGAUUACGGAUGUCGCCAUGGAGCUGGCCUCUGCGAAGGAGCUUGCAGCGGCCAAGGAUGCUUCGGCUGGCACAAAACGCAAACGACGCUGGGAUGUCCCUGAACCCUCUGACGAGAAUGUUGACCCUAAUAAAGCUGACUCGGGAGAGUGGUCCAAGGAGGUACUUGAAGCCUCUGCACCUAAAAAGCGUCGGUCUCGCUGGGACGCUACGCCUGCUGAAGUCGCAGAAACGCCUACGGCAAAGCGUUCUCGUUGGGAUCAGACUCCGGUCCAGGUCGAUGUCCCGAUGACGCCUAUUAUCAUGAAUGCGCCCGGCUUCAUGCAGGAAGACAAGCACAACCGCUAUCUCACCGACGAAGAGCUCGAUGCCGUUCUGCCUCCUACGGGUUAUGCCAUUGUCACCCCACCUCCCGGAUAUGCUCCUAGUGUUGCCCCGCGAAAGCUCAUGGCGACCCCUUUGAGCACCGAAGUUGGCGGUUUCCAGAUACAGGAGAGCUCUGAUGCUGCUUCUCUGGCUGCUGCUGCAGGAUUGGCACCAGAGCUACCCACGGAAAUACCGGGAGUUGGGAAUCUUGCCUUCUUCAAGGCCGAAGACGCUCAAUACUUUGCCAAGAUCUUGAAAGAGGAGGAUGAAACAGAACUCUCAGUUGACGAGAUGAAGGAGCGCAAAAUUAUGCGACUUUUACUCAAAAUAAAGAACGGGACUCCACCUGUGCGAAAGACCGCUCUUCGCCAAAUUACUGACAAGGCCCGUGAAUUCGGUGCAGGACCGUUGUUUGACAAAAUUCUCCCUCUUCUCAUGGAACGUACAUUGGAGGAUCAGGAGCGGCAUCUUCUCGUCAAGGUUAUUGAUCGCGUUCUCUACAAACUCGAUGACCUUGUUCGUCCCUACGUCCACAAAAUUCUGGUCGUCAUCGAACCCCUUCUCAUUGAUGAAGACUACUACGCCCGCGUGGAAGGUCGCGAAAUCAUCUCCAACCUCUCUAAAGCUGCCGGUUUGGCCCAUAUGAUUUCUACCAUGCGACCCGAUAUUGACCAUGCGGACGAGUAUGUGCGCAAUACCACAGCUCGUGCAUUCUCUGUCGUAGCUUCAGCCCUGGGUAUCCCGUCCCUUCUUCCUUUCCUCAAAGCUGUUUGUCGAUCCAAGAAGUCAUGGCAGGCCCGGCACACGGGUAUUCGUAUCGUUCAGCAGAUCGCCAUCAUGAUGGGAUGCGCUGUUCUUCCUCAUUUACGCAAUCUGGUGGACUGCAUCGCGCAUGGCUUGUCUGAUGAACAGCAGAAGGUUCGGACAAUGACGGCGCUGGGUUUAGCCGCUUUAGCUGAGGCUGCUGCACCAUAUGGCAUUGAGUCGUUUGACAACGUCUUGAAACCAUUGUGGUUGGGUAUUCGUCUUCAUCGUGGCAAAGGUCUCGCCGCUUUUUUGAAAGCUAUCGGUUUCAUCAUCCCUUUAAUGGAUCCAGAAUAUGCAUCCUAUUAUACUAAGGAAGUCACGGUCAUCCUGAUUCGAGAGUUUCAGACGUCAGACGAGGAGAUGAAGAAGAUUGUUCUCAAGGUCGUCAAGCAAUGCGCGGCAACUGAGGGAGUGACACCCCAAUACAUAAAGCAGGAUAUCCUUCCUGACUUCUUCAAAUCAUUUUGGGUUCGUCGCAUGGCGCUGGACCGGAGGAAUUACAGGCAGGUCGUGGAAACGACCGUGGAGUUGGCACAGAAGUCUGGCGUAUCAGAAAUCGUUGGUAGGAUUGUGAAUGAGCUCAAAGACGAGGCCGAGCCUUACAGAAAGAUGGUUAUGGAGACUAUCACCAAGGUCGUUGCUACUCUUGGAGCCUCGGAUAUCGACGAGAGGUUGGAGAUGAGGCUGGUUGAUGGCAUCAUUUUCUCAUUUCAAGAGCAGACAACCGAGGAUCAGGUUAUGUUGGAUGGUUUCGGGACUGUCGUAAACGCUCUUGGUAUCCGUGUCAAGCCAUACCUUACGCAGAUUGUAUCCACCAUCCUCUGGCGUCUCAACAACAAGAGCGCCAAAGUGCGACAGCAAGCCGCCGAUUUGACCUCGCGAUUGGCAGUAGUCAUCAAGCAGUGUGGAGAGGACCAACUUCUCAGCAAAUUGGGUCUUGUCCUCUUCGAGCAACUUGGUGAGGAAUAUCCAGACACUUUGGGAAGCAUUAUCGCCGCCGAGGGAGCCAUUGCAAACGUUGUUGGUAUGACUCAAAUGAACCCUCCGGUGAAGGAUUUGCUACCCCGUAUGACCCCCAUCUUACGAAACAGGCACGAAAAAGUGCAGGAAGCAUCUAUCAACUUGAUUGGGCGUAUCGCCGAUCGUGGCGCCGAGUUCGUUCCUGCUCGCGAGUGGAUGCGUAUUUGUUUUGAACUGCUGGAUCUUUUGAAAGCACACAAAAAGGGUAUUCGACGUGCUGCUGUCAAUUCUUUUGGUUAUAUCGCCAAGAGUCUAGGUCCGCAGGAUGUAUUGUCAGUGCUAUUGACCAAUCUGCGUGUGCAAGAACGCCAAAGUCGUGUCUGUAGUACUGUGGCUAUCGCCAUCGUUGCUGAAACCUGUGGACCCUUCACAUGUAUACCUGCCAUUCUCAACGAAUACCGUACAGCGGAAUUGAAUGUUCGGACCGGUUGUUUGAAGGCCUUGUCCUUCGUAUUCGAGUAUGUCGGUCCCCAAUCCGCAUAUUACUGCGACUCCGUUGUGACCAUGCUCGAGGAUGCGCUCACCGAUCGUGACCUUGUCCACCGCCAAACUGCCAGCACCAUCGUCAAGCAUCUCGCUUUGGGUGUGGCGGGAUUGGGUUGCGAGGAUUCCAUGCUGCACUUGAUGAAUCUCGUGUGGCCCAACUGCUUUGAAACGUCUCCGCACGUCAUCGGCGCUGUAAUGGAUGCAAUUGAAGCUAUGCGUGUAACGUUGGGUCCAGGUAUUUUGUUGAGUUACGUGUUACAGGGAUUGUUCCAUCCGGCUAGGAAGGUCCGAGAAGUGUACUGGCGCAUUUACAACGCGCUUUACUUGGGUGCUGAGGAUUCGCUGGUUCCGUUCUAUCCCGAUCUUGGGGAGUUAAGUGAGGGACAAAAUGUGUUUGACCGGCAUCCUUUGCAAGUCUUCAUAUAAUAUGUUGUAUUAGGCUUUACCGUGUAAGAGUAUUAAUAUAUUAUGCUUUUCAUUUCUCCUUACACUCAAAACCCAUCGUUUCUACUCAAGUCCUGCUUGUUGCCCGUUCUGUUUAUAUAUCUGCAAAUAAAUAUUGGAAUAG